AUGUCCGAGAGGUCGGGUGCUAUUAUCAGGUUACUACUAAUAGUAUCACUGCCAUUUUCUCAAGCCUUACAGUCCCAGUUCCAAGUAAGCUCUUUUCUCCCUCAUUAUCACCAAUUUGCAGACCAACUGCCAGCCCGGAUGCAAAUGCAGUCCAGAGGAGUACAAAUGCAUCAACCUACAUCACACAGACACAGACGUCUUCAAGCACGUCAGGCCUGAGGUUUACCAUGACUUGGACACCUUGAUCGUCAGUGGAAACAACUUUGGUGACUUGGAAGCCGAGAAUAUCUUCGGAGAAAACGUCAGACACUCAAGGUUGUCGCUGCUGGAUCUGUCGAACAACCACAUCACGUCGUUCGGGAUACAGACUCUAAUUGGAGCGUCCAGAGUAGAAACUCUGAAGCUGGACCACAAUGACUUGACUGCUUUUGCCGACGAACAGCCCUUGAACUUCUUGACCUCACUCAGGAUUAUUGACCUUACAGAUGCCUUUGGUGGUCAUGCUAGUGUAAAGCGACGAGCUGAUCUCAUCAGGACUUUAUUCAAGAACAAUCAUUCUUUCCCUGAUUUGUACGAAAUCAACCUCAGCGACAACCAGCUACGGUAUCUGCAUCCGGAGACAUUCUGUAACGUAGGUUUGUUACAACAAACUCCGUUUCAAUUACGAACUUUGCAGACACGACUUGUGUACUGUGAAGCCUUAUUACACGCAAAGGGUGUCGCGUGUCGUAAAGGUACCACAAUUCUACGUAACAAUACAUUUUCAGGUCAAAGGGCUCAGCAGACUGAUUCUGAACAACAACAAGCUGGCUGACUUUGACUUCCAAGACGGCUGUCUCGAAGGAUUGGCGUCGCUGGAACUGAGGCAAAACAAGUUUGUGUCGGUACCGAGCAAGGUAUGGAAGACGUUACCUUCACUGAACACCUUAGACUUGAGCAAGAAUCCGUUAACUUGCGAUUGUGAACUUCAAGGAUUCCACGAGUUUGCACUGGAUGAAUCGAACUCAUUCUUGUCUCAAGUAAGUACCAUCAUACAAAAUAGUUUCGCUUAUCUUACAAAACAAUCUAUGCCAUACCCAGCUACUGCUAUUCAUAAACCGAUUUUACAGUAGCCUACUUUCAGGGAGAGACCAUCUGCGCGGCCCCCUCCCAAUUCAAAGGGAAACCCCUAUUCGAAAUUGAGGACAACUUUUGUCGUGCCACCAGCAGAUCCCUCCACUGGUUCAUCUUGUUCUUGGUUGCUGGUGUAGUGCUGUACGGAUACAGAGAAUUCAGACGACGAGGAAAAACCAUCAACUUCAAGAUCUUCAAAGGCUACUCUCAACUCCAAAGUGAAAACGCCAACUCUACUGAGCCCGCGUUUGUUUAA